AUGAGAUCGAAACCACGCCCUGCAACAGUACACGACCUAGAUGCCAGCGAUAACCCUAUUCUGCAUACGAGGAAAUCUGCAAAAAUCGACAGAAAAAAGUCAUCCAAGCCAUCUCGAAAACAGACCAAGCAAAUGAAUGAGGGUAUCUCAGAUUGCAUUAUCGGCGAGUCGAUCUAUAAAGGUUCGAUCGCAGAAUUAGUGGAAUGCCGCGGUCAAAAUACCGGCAUUCCCCUUACUAUCUUCACUCGAAGUCAGGACACCAGUCCGGAGCGCAAUGAAGUGCUGGGUUAUAAAUUCAGAAAGGUAUUCGUUUCUGACGAUCCGAAUAUUCUGGAUGCCAAUGCGACCUAUGCCCCAAUUACGGUAUUCAUAGCCAAACCUGACGAAGAACAAUGCGAUCCCAGUAUAUACGUCGAGCAGCGGGUGUUUCAGUGCGGACAGGAGAAGAUCGUAGUCCACGAACUCAAAUUCAAGGGCAAGGUCCAGGUCGAAAAGGAAUACCUCUUCAAAGGAUGCGGUGAUGAAGACCUCAACCUCGGAAAGCGGGAUCUCAGACUCAAGAUCCAAACACUUGAGCAGCAUAUCUUCAACAGUUACAUGCAACGGGCAAGUUACUAUGGCUACGAUAUAAAAGAUUGCAUCUGGCUCAAUGAACACACUAUUUGUAGUGGACUCGCCCAUACGGUUCAGCGUUGUGACGGAUUGCCCCCUUAUCAGAUAUCUUUCAACCCCGAAGAUCUUGAGAUUCUUCUGGAUGCGAAGCUCAAGAGACCGACUUUGACAAGUGACGCGUCUGGUGAGGGGUUGGAGCUUCUGAGAUUACGCUUCAAAGGGCAGGGAAAGCAUACGGAGGAUAAUGGGCAUGCGGGGGAUCUCUUCCUUAGGGUUAUGUACAAGUCUUCUUCCUAG